GCUAGAUGUUGGAACCCAGUAAAACUUUAUAGGUUUGGUGGAAUGUUUGAAAAAUGAUGAUCAUAGCUACAAAAAUUACUAUAAAUAUGAAAAUCAGAGGGGAAAAACCCCAUUAGGAAGAUCCCCUACUCCCUGUGGUGAACUGGAAUUCAGUUAUGUGGCUGGUUGUUGUGGCAUGCAAAGCAGAGUUCUGCAGCAACUUCCAGUUUAAAUAUGGGAAUUUGUAUUGAAUUAAAUAGGAAAAUGAAUAAUAUAACUAGUACAAUAGUCUUCCCUAGACUGCCAACGGUUGUUUUUACUGACUGGACAGUACUGCACAGCACAAUUUGUUUGGAGAAAGAGAGAGAAGCUGAUAGCAUUUAGCUAUGUCCUUAGGUACCCAGAAAAAUGAGGAAGAUGGAUCAGGUUUUUGGCACCUAUGUGGUAGCUGAGGUUUUGUCAGUGGGGAAUGCCUGUAUCUUCUCUUUCCCUGGAUCUUAAUGGGCAAGGUUGGAGGUUUCUUUAAGCUACACUGGUGGAGCUGCUAGUACUCCUUGUUCUCAAACCCAUUAGACCAUGGGAACUACUAGCUGCUCUAUCAAUCUAUUCGCCACUGCUAAAUAAGCACAUCAAGGUCUAGGUUUUUAUUUAAGACCAAUGAAAUAGUUAUGGUUGACAUUUAAAUUGUCAUCAUGUUUUAGCAUUAAUAUGCCAUUGAAAUAAACAGAAGCAAUAUACCGCUCUCAGAAAUACUGUUUCAGGCUCACUGUAGACUUCAGAAAACACCACUCAUGGCUCAUUUCUGGAAGGAUCACUAUUUAGUCAUGGGCUAGAACCAGUUUUCCUUUAAAGUGAAGACUUAAAUUCUGAAGCAGGAGCUGGACUGUGUGGAGAAUUCUGUAGACGCAGAAUCAUGAGACACACAGGACUUUUGCUUUAGGUCACUCAGACUACCACCUUGCCAUCUCAGUGCUGCCGCCAGUCUGUUAAGAUCUCUUUCCUGCUUAAGCCCUGGAUCCCGCAAACACUCAUGUGAGUAAAUUUAUGCACGUGAACAAAUUCGUGAAACUCAGUGGAACUGCUCACAUGUGUAUCGAUUUGCAGGAUCAGCACCCUACAACACAUUUUUCCUGCCACUAGCACAACAAAGCCAACACAACAAUGGCAAAGUGACCUGCCUUCUGUUCCUUCACACACCAACAACCCAAUUGUCAAGUAAGCUGUAAGUGCCAAAUUUUCAAAUACUUGCACCAAUGUAAGUGGCAGAAAGAACAUCACUUGACUUCCAGAUAUCAGAGUCAAUUUAUAGGGCUGACAGAUACAGUCUAUAGAUUAGGACUGAGUACAUUUGGUAUAACUUUAUCAACAGUGUGAAACCCUACAACACCAAAUUUAAAACUUUAUCCUGACUAACUACACUAAAAGUUUUAUUUUGUUGAAAGAAGAGACAGAUUAAUUUUCUUUGAAAUAAACGGAAGGUCAGAUUCAUUGUUGGUGUAAAAGCAACAAAGAAUCCUGUGGCACCUUAUAGACUAACAGACAUUCUGCAGCAUGAGCUUUCGUGGGUGAAUACCCACUUCUUCAGAUACAUUGUUGGUGUAACACUCCAAAUGUGCUAAGUUAGUGGUGAAUUUGGUCCUUUGUUUCUCAUGUACUGCCCCAGCGUAUCUCACUUUUUCAUCUUGUGAAUUUUUACAAAAGCUUUAAUGGCUUUAUGAAACUCACUUCUUUCAUCCUUACUAAAGUUUAUGGUAUACUACCCAUGCUUAAAGUAACCCAGCCCUCAAAAGUCCGACCAUAUGUAAGUUUUUCUGCAGGGCACAAGGCAACGGACAACUAGAAGUGAAGCCUGGGGAAAAAUCUGCAGAAGCCAGUGAGAUACAUCAGCGUAAAGAGUUUUGUCACUGGCCAUGCAAAUGCCCCCAUGUGCCAACCUGCACCCCGGGAGUGAGCCUGGUAAAGGAUGGUUGCGGAUGUUGUAAAAUCUGUGCCAAGCAGGCUGGAGAGACCUGUAAUGAAGCAGAGACCUGUGACCCUCACAAAGGACUUUACUGUGAUUACUCUGCAGACAGGCCUAGAUAUGAUAGCAGUAGGAUGUGAGCUCAAUGGAGUGUAUUAUGUCAAUGGCCAGGCCUUCCAGCCCACCCCACUUUAUAAGUGUCUCUGUGUUAGUGGUGCAAUUGGAUGUACGCCUGUAUUCACCUCAAAGGCAGCAGCAAGUCAGUGUGUCAUGGUCAAGGGCAGAAAAACAUCUGGACAUUCCAACUGUGGCCCUGGACAACAGAAACAGCUACAAUCAACAGACUACAGAUUAAUGCCAGGUUACAGAAGUCUACCACUUGUUUUGAAGGAGAAGUGCUUAGUACAGGCAACUUCUUGGACACCUUGUUCCAGAACCUGUGGCAUAGGUAUAUCCAACAGAGUGACCAAUGAAAACAGUAAAUGUGAAAUGAGAAAAGAAGAGAGGUUAUGUUUCAUUCAACCUUGUCAGACCAAUAUAUUGAAGACUAUAAAGAUUCCAAAAGGAAAAACAUGUCAGCCAACAUUCCAGCUUCCCAAAGCAGAGAAGCUAGCCUUUUCGGGAUGCUCAAGCACACAAAGCUACAAACCUACUUUCUGUGGUGUGUGUCUGGACAAGAGAUGUUGCAUACCUAACAAAUCCAAAAUGAUCAUUGUACAGUUUGACUGCCCCAAAGAAGGCUCCUUUAAGUGGAAGAUGAUGUGGAUCACAUCUUGUGUUUGUCAGAGGAUUUGUAGUGAUCCAGGAGAUAUAUUUUCAGGACUCAAGUUAUUAUAACUUACACCAUGGACAGCAGUGUAUCAUCAAGAUGGCAGCAUGCUCAGUUUGAAGAGUUAGCUAAAGAGAAGACCCUUCCACUGAAACCAAACUUGUUGACAUUCUUCUGUUAAAUACCCUGAGAACAGGGUUUAAGAACAACAUCUAUGUACGUAAAACAAGAUACUCAAAAAACGUAAGAAUUAAAUUGUUUGAAACGCAAGUAUACAUUUGAGGAAUGUCUAGCUAACAUAGGGACAGCCAUGGAGGGAAAACUUUUGUAAUUUAAAAAAAUCCACAGGAAUGCAGGGGUGAAUUUGCUCCAUUUUUGACAAAAAACUCCUAGAAAUAGGUGUCUUCCCUCAUCCUCAACAAACAUGUAGGUUUAAAUUAAACAUCCAAGUAACUUAAGAUUCCUUUUUCUACUAACUUUUUUUGCUGUAAUGAUCUAUCAUUCUUGAUCCACAAGAUAGAUAUUCUUACAGCUACACUGACACAGCAUUAGAAAAAAAAAAAGAUUGAUCUUUUGUGAGUUAGAAAAAAAAUUACAUAUUGUAGCAUUCAACUACAAAUGAAUUUUAAGCUCAGAUUCAGUUGUGCACCAAUUCUUAUAUUUUACAUUUCUCCAAAUGCAGCGAAUAAAAAACAUAUUUGCGUAGGUACAAACAAAAACGUAUUUGUCAAGACAUAGGUUAGUUCACUUCAUUCCCAAUGAACUAUUUUUCUAGAUUUUAAUUUUAAAUGUAUACAAUUUGCCUUUUCAUUAUUUUUCCCCACUCAUGACAUGCUGACAAAAACAAACUUAUAAAAGGAACAAACACUACUUAUACAAUGAAAAGUAACCUCAUGAUCUUAUGCUGGCCUGCCUUCAUUUCUCUUCCCUCUUCAUGAUAUUUUGUUUCUUAUUUAACCUAGACUGCAAGCUCCUUGGAGUAGGGACCAUGGGUGAAGUCCUGGCAAAACUCCCAGUGACUUCAAUGGGGAUAGGAUUUUAUCCUAUGUCUUUUGUCAUAAAGUGCCAAGUACAUUUGUAGUGUUCUAUAGGUAAGUUGUUUCACCGGAGUGACUUUCAAAAUGCUUUCUUCCUAAUAAGAAUUGGCUCAACAAAUAUUUGUCUUGUGUAUUUCUGGCCUCAUACAUUAAAAAUUAGAACUAA